AUCGUAAUUCGGAUAACCUUGUUGCAAUGGGAACUUUAUGGAUUCCAAUUAGCAGCAGCACUUUGAAUAACAACUUGAUGGCUGGAAGUCUUAGUAGUGGUCAGGGCAUCUCUGUUUCCAGCAGUAGCUCUGUUUUGAGCAAGACUUCAAUAUUAGGUCUUCCAUCUACUAAUGGCAGUAAUAGCAGCAAUAGUAACUGUAACAAUGGUGCUUCCUACAGAAAAUUAUCAGAAUCUAACACAAAACCUAGUUAUAUUUCUAGUGUGAAUGGUAUGUCUAAUACAAUGUUUGGCAAACAGCUGAAUAUGCACAGUAAUAAAGAUAAUCAGAAGUAUCAAGAUCCUUUAAUAGGAGCACCUGCUUCUUUCCAGCAACGUCUUAUGGAGCUAGCAUCCCUUGAAGCAGACACGAUACGUUGGGAGAGAAACAGAAAGUUGAAGAAAAAACCUAAGCAGGACAGGGACUCUUAG